CUCCCUCCCCCUUUCCUUCUCUCCUGCUCUCCUCUCUUCUCACAGCAGAGCGCGCGUGUGAUUUGACAGUCGCAUCUCUCCGUGUGUCCGCGAGCGCGCGUGUGUGUGUAUGUUUACGAUCGUCGUGCUCCACGUGCGGCGUGUGGAUGCGCUCCUCGCGCGCUGUCGGUAACAGAAACCAUGACCGGCGCGCCGCGCGACCCCUUCUACUCCUCUCCGUUCGGUCCGUUUUACCGGAGACACGCGCCCUACCCGGUGCAGCCGGAGUACCGGAUGCACGAGCUCAACAAACGGCUCCAGUCCCGGCCUGAGGACUGUGAUAUUCUGUGGUGGGAUGCAUUCUGCACCGAGUUCUUUGAAGAAGAUGCCACACUGACUCUAUCAUUUUGCCUGGAGGAGGGACCCAAGACAUACACCAUCGGGCGCACCCUGAUCCCUCGUUACUUCAGUUCUCUGUUCGAAGGAGGAGUCUAUGAGUUGUUUUUUGAGCUGAAACAAACAAAGGAGUCGUUCAACAACUCAACUAUUACUGUCGACUCUCAUCACUGUACAAUGACAACACAACAUGGCAAACCUACAUUCACUAAGGUCUGUACUGAAGGUCGUCUGAUUCUUGUGUUCACCUUUGAUGACCUCAUGAGAAUCAAAACAUGGCACUUCACUAUCACACACUACAGUGAGCUCAUUCCCCGCAGUGUCUUGGCUGUUAAUGCACAAGACCCUGGAGCUCUGGAACAACUGUCCAAAAACAUCAGUCGAGUUGGACUUACCAACCUCACACUGAACUACCUCAGAUUGUGUGUGAUUCUAGAGCCGAUGCAGGAGCUCAUGUCUAGGCAUAAGACAUAUGGACUGAGUCCCAGAGACUGUCUGAAGACCUGCCUCUUUCACCAGUGGCAGAGGAUGACAACACCACCAGUUGGACCCUCACCAAACUUCAAGACAGAAAUAUUUCCCUCUAAUUCCAAAAAAUCAGAGCCAGCCAAACCAGCAACAAAGAGAAGGAGGAGGAGGAACUCAGCUGGUAGCGCGUCCAAUAGCAGCACAGGAAACAGCAAGAAGCGCAGCCCAGCCAAUAACUUCAGCCUACCCUCACAGCCUAAACGUGUCGCCGGGGAAACGAGGGGUGGCGGGUGGCUGGAGGCGGAGCUUAGGUAGGAUGUGAUGGUGGUAGGGGAGCCCUCUCUAAUGGGAGGGGAGUUGGGUGACGUGGACGAGCGUUUGAUCACACGCCUAGAGAAUGAACAAUACGACCCCGUCAACGGUCUCCAUGAUGACGGUCUCCAUGACUUCGCCAACUCACCGACACUUGGAAACGGCAGCUCCUGGAAUGGCCAGCACCCUAGCAACCAGGACAGUAAGCCUGAUACCAUGGCAACGCAGCAGUUGGAGUAAUGUGAUCUGACAGUGGGUAGCUAUGGCAACGGUGCUGUCAAGGGAUGGGGGUAUUUUCAACUGUAGAGAGGAGGCAUUGCUGGAGAGAAGGUGUGUGUGUGCGCGUGCGUGUGUGUAUGUGUGUGUGUGCAUGCUUGCGUUUAUGUUGGUGUGAGACGGUGUAUACUUGAGACUUACAGCUUCAACCAUUUAGUUUAUGUAUUCAAAACAAAACAAAAACAAAACAAAACACUGCAAGCCUUGUACAGAUAUUAAUUCAUUUCAUAUCAGAAUUUUUCAGCCCUUUUUUUAAAGCUCAGUGGAUGUCUCGGCUUCAUUCUGUACCGUACUGUUUGGUUUCGCUACAACAACCUGAUGAAGAAAACUCCCAUUGUGAACGCUAUAGCGUUUUGAGCAUAAACGCAGAUAUCUUUAUUGCUCUAAAGUUUAAUGCAUAUUGUAAAACACAUGCAGAUCUGUGCUGUAGUUGUGUAUUUUAUGUAUGGUUUUCAAUAAUUUGCAUUAAUAAAAUGAUUCUGUGUAUUUGGUUAUUGAUAUCAAUGUAAAACAUUUUCAUUGUUAUAAUCCAAAAAA